GAGCUCAUGGUAUUUUUUUAAAUGAAAAACGGAAGAACUUUCUCUUUAUGAUGAGUAUAUGAAAGGAUACGUCUCUGCAGACCAUUAGCGAGUCCUUGAAUCAACUGUUGGCGUCAAAGACACACAGUCGAGUUCAAAAUUCCCACAACGUUGCGACCAUCACAUUAAGCAUUUUCAAUUCACAAAAUUUGACCCGAGAGACGUCAUCCACAAUCGACUAAGUUGACGAAAAACGAUUGGAGACACAAGUGCGCACAACCUCAUCGGUGUUCCGAUACUCAGCAAAUUUCAAGAUGUCGAAGCGAUCGGCCGAAGAACAUGACGGUCCCCAAUCAUUGAAAGCUGGUGACCGCCCUGUGGCAUCCACUACCGCUGAAGAUGGCUUGGAAUUCGAAGACGAAUUUGAGGACGAGUUCGAGAGCGAAGACGAGCUUAUCGAAGCCGGUGUCGAUGGCCGACCCGACGAAGAGCGUGAAGCCGAGGAGCGAGCUUCAGGACGAGCUAUGGACGUCGACCGCGAAACAUUCAUUCCGGGACGACACAAGCUUGAUGCUGGCCAGACACUCGCACCAGAUCUCACAGCUUAUGAAAUGUUACAUACGCUCGAGACGACCUGGCCUUGUCUCUCGAUAGAUGUCAUCAAAGACCAACUCGGCGACGACCGAAAGUCAUAUCCGGCCACAGUAUAUGCAGUAGCUGGCACACAAGCUGCCCGUGGACACGACAAGGAGAACCAAUUGAUGGUCAUGAAACUCUCCGGUCUCGCCCGGAAUGAUCAAGCAGGCAACAUCGACUCCGAUGACGAAGAUGAAGAUGACGACGAAGCUGUGACCGAUCCCAUCUUGGAAACAAAGUCGAUUCCGUUGACGUCUACGACGAACCGCAUCCGCGCUUUCCAAUGCCCGCAAGCUAACUCAUCCUCGCUACCUACAACAUAUACCGCUGCGAUGCAAGAGUCAGGUGACGUUCUGAUCCACGAUGUCACGCCCUACCUCACGGCAUUUGAUACUCCUGGCUUCCAGAUCCCCGCCACCGCCUCGAAACCCGUCCACACCAUCCGCGCUCACGGCAAGAACGAGGGCUACGCGGUAGACUGGUCUCCUCUGGCACCAGCAGGCAAACUCGCAACGGGUGACAGCACAGGAAAAAUCUUCCUGACAACAGGCCGUGCAGACGGCGGAGGGGGUUUCACCACCGACAGCAACGCAGCCUUUAUCGGCCACCAGUCAAGCGUAGAGGAGAUCCAAUGGUCGCCAUCAGAACGUCACGUCUUCGCCUCCGCCUCCAGCGACGGCACCGUCGCCAUCUGGGACGCACGCGCCAAAGCCCGCACCCCGGCCCUGUCCGUCCGGGUCUCCGAAACCGACGUGAAUGUGCUCUCCUGGUCGCGGCAGACCGCCCAUCUCCUCGCCUCAGGUCACGACGACGGAACCUGGUCAGUAUGGGAUUUCCGAGCAUGGAAAGCCAGCGGAAACGCGAGUGCCACCCCGGCGCCCAAGCCCGUUGCGCAUUUCGAUUUCCACAAAGAGCAGAUCACUAGCGUGGAAUGGCACCCGACCGAUGACAGCAUCGUGGCGGUAUGUGCAGGUGAUAGCACACUGACGCUGUGGGAUCUGGCGGUGGAAUUGGACGACGAGGAAUCUCGGUACACGGCAGACGUCAAGGAUGUGCCGCCACAGUUGCUGUUCGUGCAUUAUAUGGAGCAAGUCAAGGAGUGUCACUGGCACCCUCAGAUUCCGGGGACGGUGGUGGCUACUGGUGGAGCAGGGUUGGGAGUGUUCAAGACGAUCAGCGUAUGAUGGAAUGAAACCAAGUCAUGGGAUGUAGCCUUCGAAAGAGGGUCAAGAUUUGAUGUUCGUCCGAUAAGGGAUCUACGUGAUGGAUAACACAGUUAAAGCGGGAAUCUGGCCUUCAAAGAUAGAUUUGGAAUGGAAGACGCUCGUGCGGAGCCUAUGCACUAAGAAGUUUUCUUUAUCAUUGCAUUGGCAAAGAGAAGUCCGAAAUAGCAAACAGAAAAGCGGUCUCGAAGAAAAGUCAAAAUAGUCUCGCCGGACUCGAUCCCUUGUGUCAAAUUGAAAGUCAAAAAGCGUGAUAAUCGUCACAGGCCAAAAAGGCAGAAACAUUGACAAAAGAAGUGCAACCAAGAUUCGAAGGAAAGUGUGAAAAUGAUGACCAGAGAGGUUGCUGAUUGGUUGUAGGCUCGCAGCGACAAGUUUUGUUCGUCCAGCCUCGAAGUGAUAAGAAUCGGCUCACUAGAAAG